UUUAUAUCAUAAUUUGUAAUUUUUUUUAAAAAAUUGCCUCAUAAGUGUGUAACAAUUAUACAAUCAUAAUACACAUAUAGUGACGUAAUAUGUGUAUGUAUUGUAAUCCAUGUAAAAACACUAGAGGGAGUCGCAUCGUUUAUAAAUGCCCUUUCAUGGACCUAAAAAAAACUCCAUUUCAAAAAGCACUCGAAAACGAAACAAAUGAAUUCAAGUGAUCAUUUAUUAACUUAUACACAAUCUUUAUUUAAACAAGUAUGGAACUUACAAAACAUUUAGAAAAUUUGGUUAAUUUAUCAUUGAUGACUAAGUCAACUUCAAUUGCGAUUCGAAUCCACUUCAAAAAUAAAAGACUGCAAAUAAUCGACAAUGGAAAUGGUAUUCCUAAUGAAAUGUUACAACUAAUUGGAGACAAAAUUGAUGUGAAUAAGGAUCAUAGAAAUUUUAUUGAGUCAGUCCAAAAACAUGAAUAUAUAUACGAAUAUUGGCAUCAAGUUCUGUUAGGUCUACGUGUUUGUGCUUCUACACUAUUGAUUAUGACGAAAUAUCUUUCUGGAAAUACCUACUGUAAAAUUCUGAAAUUUAAUUAUCCGUCAUCAAUCAAGAAAAUAAAAAACCGUCCAACUUCUGGAACAACUUGCAUCAUUUAUUUCACUCGUAAUUCAAAACUAUUUAUAAAAAUUUUCACAUAUAAGAGUAUCAUCGAACGGAUAUUUUCUAAAGCUCCUCAAGUAUCUUAUUCAAUUGUUAUUAAUGAUGAUAAUAAAAAACACGUAUUUGGCAAGAAAAAAUUUUCUGGCGAGAAGACAAAAAAAUUCGAACAAUCUAGAAGUUAUUUUCAUCGAACUUAUUACCCAACUUUUGGAAAAUUCAUUACACAUUCACCUGGUAAAAUAAACAAGGAUCGAAGUCCUACUGUAAAAAGAAGUGAAAAAAUUCAAUUAAAUAAAAAAAUAAAAUCAAUUUUGAAGACAGCUAAUAAAAAUAGAGAAGAAUCUAACGACGAAAUUAAAAAUAGGAACAAUAAUAAUAAAAAUAAUGAAAGGCAAUGUUCAUUCACUAUAGCAAGCUUAAGAUCACACAAUGCAUUUAAUCAUAAUAAAGACACUAAAAAUACGAUGAAAGAUAAUAAUAAUAUCAUUAAUGAUAAUAAAAAUCAAUGUUCAUUCACUACAAUGAAUACAGAGCUACAAACUGAAUUAAAUAAUGAUGAUAAUAACAUGAUUAAUUAUAUUAAUAGUAAUAAUACUAAUAUUAAUUGUGAUAUGAAGAAAUAUUCAUUCCCGACAACAAGCUCAAGUAGAUUUAAUCAUGAGAGUGAUAGUACGGAUAUUUCCAAUGAUAAAAUUAAUACUCCUGAUCUCAAUGAUAAUCAGAAACAAUAUGCAUUCAUUCAAACAGGGUUGGAGUCGUAUAGUGAAUUAAAUAACGACGAUAAUCUUAACUGUGAUAAGUUGGAUGAUGAUGAAAAUGAUCAUGUGAAUGGUGAAAAACUCUGCAUUGAAGUAAAUCCACAUGAUUUUGAUUUAAGUGGGGAAUGGUCUGACUGGAUUUUAGAAUCACCACGAAAUGAAUUAGACAAAAUUUCUGAAGGAAAUAAUGAUAGUAAUUUAAAGACAAUUAACAAGAAGCGUUAUAGUUUUUUACCAGAAAAAUUGAACAAUUUACUACCAAAGAAUAGUAAUAAACUGUCAACACGUAAGCUAUCAGGCGCUUUUCGUGAGAAUUGCAAUUUAAAAUUUAAUUUACCUCGAAGACAAGAUGAUGACGUUAGACUAUGUAAUGUUAAACGUGGGAAGGAUGAGAUAACAAUGGAUAAAAAAAUACUUCAACAGAUCAAGGUAUUGAAUCAAGUAAAUUUGGAAUUUAUUGCCUGCAUUGCUGAAUAUAAUAACAAAAAAUUGUUGAUAUUAAUCGACCAACAUGCUAUGGAUGAAAGAAUCCGUUAUGAGAAUUUAAUAGACGGUAAAAAAACUGAAAAUAAUAAAUUAAAAUCAGUCACAUUGAAACAAUCAAUAAAAAUAACAGAAUUACCAAUUAAUUAUGCAAAUUUAUUACAAAUCAAUCGUAGCUUAUUAGAAAAUUUUGGUAUCAAUUUUACUAUCAGUGAUGGUAAUAUCGCCAACAAUAGUUAUUAUAAAAGUCAUGAUUAUGCUACAUUAUUUGUUAAAACAAUUCCUAAAUGUUUAUCUGGAAAAAAAUAUAAAAACUGUAUUGAUUUAACACAUUCAGUACGUGAAUUGUUGAGUGAAAUUACGGAAAAAUUAUGUAAUAAUAUUGGAGUAAAUCGUCUUCCGUUAACAAUACAUAAUGCGAUUGCUUCCGAAGCUUGUCAUGGGGCAAUUAGAUUCGGCGACCCAUUGAAUUUAAAACAAUGUAAUGAUUUAGUAUCUUAUUGGAUUGAAACUGAUCUACCAAAUCGAUGUGCACAUGGAAGACCAGUGGUAAUACCACUGUUAUUUAUUGAUCCGUUAUAUAAAAAUCAACACAAUCUCACUAAGGUAUGUAGUUAUUUUAUAUUCUACGUUUUUUAAAUAUACAAUAGUU